AGUGAGUGCAACUUCUACUGUAGAUGAGGUUCAAUAGCUUAAACUUAACCCCACGUCGAAUAAUCUUGGAACAAUUCGACAAGACAUUUCUUAAACAACGACCAACGUCGAAUGUUAGUUCGUCUUCGACCUUGUACAAGCAACCGAGACCUCUAUCUAGACCCAAAUUUCAGUUGCGACAAUCAUCAUGGCGAUGCCGCCGCAGUUAAUUCGCGUGAAGCGAAAAGCUACCGAAGAGGCGCCCGUGUCUUUUCUCCGUGUUCAGGAGACUAAAAGACACCGAAGCGACGCCUUUGUCUACCAACGACAAGAAGAGCGCCCCCAAUUCGCCGAGAACAUUCCUUCCGAAUCCCACAAGCCUAUCAUCCACACAUCCGGAUCGCGCACACGGAACCCGGCAUUCCAGAGCCCUACAACCCCUGACAUCAUACUCAAUGAUGGAACUGGUGAUAAUGGCCUCGAUAACGAAUCCGCAAAUAUCUCCCCUACCCGACCCACCACCAGCUCCGACGCUAUCGCUUCCGAACCGCGACGCUUCCACAUGUCGAGAAAGGAUAUUAUGCUUGGGGGCUCUUCAAAUUCUAGCCGAUCUAGUGCAGGAAUUUCGAAGAAGCGCUCUGCUACUGCGCUGUUCGUUGAGCGAAAGAUUAAAAAGAUCUCGGCGAGACCCCUCCAGAAAUAUCACCAAGCGAUCACCAAUGGAGUCGCCCCAACAUCUGGCUCAGCGCCUACGGCGUCUGAACGAAUGGAAGUUGAUAAGCAGGAACCCCGGAAGUUUAAGAAACCCGGCCUAGCAAAAUAUGCGAAAAAGAAGGAAGAGACCCAGAAGUACCAGGCUGACCUACCGAAAUCGAUGACGAACCGAUGGGACGCCGAUAUGGAUAAGCUAGCAGCUGAGAUGAAUGCAUACGCGAUGGAGCAAAUCGGCCUUAACCUCCAGCAGGCCGAAGCCGAGAAGAAACAACAAACACCCAGCAAAGCUCAACCUAAAUACAAACCGAAACCGACCAAACGAUACGCAGAGCGCCAUCCUGAAGCAGCACAAGCUUCGACGGACGUGGACAUGAUGGACACUGAUGCUUACAUUAGCGAUAGCGACGAUAGUGAUUACAUCAUUGAGACCUAUGAACGUGUCCCCGCGAGCAAGAUGGAACAUGCUCCGCCGCAAAGUGUUGGAGUUCUCGUAUUCGACGAUGAGCCUGAUCUCGAAUUUUUCUAUGGAGACGGUGGAGACAGCGAAGAUGAGUGGGCUGAAGAUGAAGACGAUGAGAACGCGGAGAACUAUUAUGCAGCGGACUAUCCCGAUGAAGAAGUUGCUUCAGAUGAUGAGUUCGGUCAGAAUCCAUAUUCCUUCCGAACUCGCAAUGCUUCGGACCUCGAGGAAUAUGACCUAGAUAACGACGACGAUGAUGCGGCUUUCAGCGAUAAGGCCGAGGGAAGCAAAUUCAUCACAUACAUCGGCAGACCCCGAGAUAAUUUCACGACCGAUCGCUUGUAAAAGGGUGUCAUUAUGAAGAUUCGGUUUAGUUAUAAAAAAAAUGGUACCGCGCGUCAAUUCGGUGGAACAAUAGACAUCACGAUUCUACGCUAAUACCUGCGAAUAGUUGGGUUUGUGGAACGUAGACGGUUGGAUCUGCAGCAGAAUCCGAUUCUAUAGCACUAGUCAUCGGCGUUAAUCCCUUGGCCGAGACGUUACGAGCAUAUGAAGUUCCGCUAGGGAUAAAAAAGGGGGGUUAGGGGUCUCGUCUUUUGCCGAGUCCUAGGAGGCAGGGUUUAAGCAAACAUUUGUCUGCUUUCGCCGCCCUGGUCUCCCUCUCCUCGAGUCUAACACCUAAUCCAUGUGAAUUCCUAUGUAUCUACGAACAACUGAUGAGAGGAGAUAAAUAUUCCCACUUGAGCAUUGGCAUUUUCCAUUGGUGCGGUAACACACCGUCAGGCAAACUUAGGGCCUAAACUUCGAAUUGUUGUAACAUAGCGUAGCACAGCUGGCGUGUCGGGCCAGUCUCUGACGAAAUCACGUACGAUUGCAUUCCCAACAUUUCUUUUCUCUCCUGGCUGAUUGUUUCGAAACGGGGGCUGGGGCUCCCGGCCUACACCGUAUGAUGGUACCCGUACGUACGACGUUAGAUCCUAAUAUCUGCGUGGCCGGACUGCCUACCUAGGUAUACGCUAGGGUAGGGGGGUGUUUAAUAAGGCGCCUGACUACCAACAUGUGGACGAUUAUACCGAAUAUGAUGC